UAGUCACACAUGAAUAACAACGACAACGACAACAAUAACAACAACAACAACAACGACAACAACGACAAUGAUGAUAAUACCAAAAAUAAUGAAAAUACCAAACCACAUUUUAUCACAUUUCCUUACGAAAUAAUAGUUGAUAUUUGUCGAUAUAUAGACAUAUAUUCUUUACGUUCAUUAGCAAUAUCAUGUAAAGGACUCGUAUUCGUUCAACGGUAUCCUCCAUUAUGGCGAAACAUUCAUUUUACAACUCCUGAGGAACAUAAACGAAUUGAAAAAGAAUAUUUAAGUAAUUUACAAUAUAUUUCAUCAAUUC